AUGGCCUCGAGGGCUUUUGAGCCGCUGCUCCUGCCCAAUGGAACAUGGCUCAAGAAUCGAAUCGGCAAAGCGGCCAUGGAAGAGAAGAUGUCUGAUGUCCAGAGGCACUGCCAACCGUCUCCGGGACUUCUGAAACUGUACACGACCUGGGGCCAGGGGGGUGCGGGCUUGAUCCUGAGCGGGAACAUCAUGAUCGACCCCACCGCCCUGUCGUCGCCUGGCGACGUGCUUCUCGCCCCGGAUGUCGGACCCCUCGACGAAAGCCGUUGGCGCGAGUGGAUCCAGGCGACACGCGGCGGAGGGGCGCAGUUCUGGUUCCAGCUCAAUCACCCCGGACGACAGAUCAAAAAGGGCGCCGGGCUCCCCGUCUACGCGCCGUCCGCCGUGAGACUGGAAAUGGGGUCCCUCAGCAACAGGUUCGACACGCCCAUCGCCAUGACCGACGAGCAGAUCCACGACGUCAUCAACCGGUUCACGUGGGCCGCCACGAAGGCUGAACAACUCGGCGUCGACGGCGUCGAGAUCCACGCCGCUCACGGCUACCUGAUCUCGCAGUUCCUGUCGCCCCUCUCAAACAAGCGGACCGACCAGUGGGGCGGCUCGCUUGAAAAUCGCGCGCGGCUGCUGUUCGAGGUGGUCCGAUCCGUGCGGGCUAGGGUCUCGCCGCAAUUCGGCGUUGGCGUCAAGAUCAACACGGCUGACUUCCAGCGAGGCGGCUUCGAUGUGGACGACCUGUUCUGGGUCGCCCGGCAGUUGAACAGCUACCAGCUCGAUCUGCUCGAGAUUUCCGGCGGCAGCUACGAGUCGCCGGUCAUGGCCACAGGCGUGGCCUCGACAAGCAGCCGACGCGAAGCGUACUUUCUGCACGUGGCCGCGCAGCUCAAAGACAUCGCCCAGAUGCCCCUCAUGGUCACGGGGGGGAUCUCGCGCCGAGCCAUCGUGGACGACGUGGUCGGCACGGGCACGCGCCUCAUCGCGGGCGUGGGCACGGCGCUGGGCCUCAUCCCCGACUUGCCCAACCGGUGGGCUCGUGGCGAAGAUCCCGCGCCAACCCUCUCGAGUCGCAGUCGGAUCCUGCCCAAGCCACUGGCCGCGGCGGCCAAGACGUCCAGCGUGCAAGUGGGCUUCCAUAUGAUCGGACGGGGCUGGCGGCCCUGGCGGCACGGCGUGUGGCUCGUGCUGGCACUAUUGAUCGUGCAGGCCAUCGAGGCAAGGCAGAUGAGGGUCUACAAGAAAUGGGUGCAUCAACGGUUGGGACAAAAACGCGAGUGA